GCCUUCCCGUGGUGCGCAUGCAGCUGUGCCAGCUGAUGGCAAGGUCACACUCUUCCGAGUCUUGAAGGUUCCAAGGGCUAAGAAAGCUGCAGCAGCUGAAGCCCAAGCGAAGAAUGUGAAGCUCUUGACCUCGCCUGUGGUGUAUUCGGGGCAACGACCAGAGCAUGCCAAGCCUACUUGUCAAAGCGUGGCUCACAGGUUGAAUGUGACAGUGAUUGCCGUCGCAUCCUGGAACUUCGAAUGCGUGAAGGCCUUUUGUGCCAAGGGCGUGAGCAAGUCGGGGAAGAUGCGUGGAUUAGCGGAUCCGCGCUCAAACUUGGUGAGCUCAGUGCAUGCAUGUCAGAUUCAAGUCAAACCUGAUGAAAUGACCCACCUUGGCCAGGAGUUUGAGAAACGGGGCUUCUAUCUUCUGUGGACUGUGGUCAAACGGGACCGGGUCUUUAUCGUCGCCUUGAAGAAAGGGACUGGCCAAUCUUUCUUCGAGGAGGUAACUUGUGGCCAUUCUGGUUUCCCAUCUGACGAGUGGGAGUGGGUCGAAGCAGAUGCAGAUGAUAAUGAUCCCAAUCCUCCUGAAACUGAGGCAGUGGUAGUCACGGGUGGUUUGACGGAUGAGGUGAAGGUGACUCGCAGCAGCAGCAAGCUGAUUCAGCUUCUUCGCAAGAUGCAUCAUAGUCAUGGCAGAACUAACCAGAAAUUUGCCAAUUUCAUGGAUGGUGGCUGUUCCGAUGCUGCUCCUGCGUUGGUGCUUGCAAGUGGCGAGCCUUCAGAAGUGAAGGCUGAGCUGACGGCCUUAUCGGAUGAUGAGGUUCCCAGACAGCCUUUAAAAUGUGAUGCCUCAAGCAGCUCAAAACUGCGUCGAAGGAAGUCUGACAAGAAGAUUUUGGAUCUCUCCACGGCGCGAGCCAAAUUUUCCAAGCUGGUUCGCUCAGUUUGUCCAUGUGCAAAGACUGGCAAGACAUUGAACUGCUUCAGCCAGUUUCGCAACGAAGUGGAUGUAACAGAUCUUGCGCAACAGUUUAUUCGCCUGCGGAAACUUUCGAAUGCUGACAUGGAUUCGGAGGUGAUGGCUAUGAUCCGCACAAAGCUGGAAGGCUUGGAGACUUUUACCCGCAAAGAACGUGUGAUUUUGAAACGCCCGGUCUGUCAACAGGGCUUUCGAAAAAUACUUGGUGUGGGUGCCACACGGUACUCCAAAUUGACCAAGUCCGUUGCUUUGGGUCAACCGGCUCCUUUGGAUGGUAGAUCCCGCCCUCGACAAGAUGACGGGUCACAGCCUGGUUCCAUGAGAAAGCGGGCCUUGGUAUUGGAGUUUUUGGAAGAGUUGCGGCAAACUGUUGCGGAAGCAAUGCCUGAGGCUUCAGGCAAGCGGAAAGCCAGUGCUGAUGGCCAAGAUUUGCACCCAUCAACCAAGUUCAGACGCCUUCGUGGGAAGAAGCCCGGGAAAUGGAAGAGGAUCGCAACUUGUUCCAGAAGUGACAAGGGGCCAGGGCCAUCGAAACCUGAAGUGUCGGAACCUGUGAUGAGGCUGCUUCCGCCUGGCAGUUUCAGUGAUUACUUCCGCCUUCUGCAGGCCAAGCACCCUGAGGUCUGGAAGAUUCAUUACGCAGCAAAAUUGGGCAUUCGGCCGAAGAGCAACCAUGCACAAUGUGCCGUUUGUGUCAGACACCGGAUGUUGUUGAAAAAAAUGGCCAGCGACACUCUUGGCCGCGCUUCUCAGAUGAAGCGCUACAUGGCGCAUUUGCAGCGUCAAUACCGUGACAGGAUCUGCUAUUGGCGUGCCAGGUCAAUUUCCAGACUGCCAGCUUUGCAGUGCAGUGGGCCCAGCGUUUGUUUAAUAACAGACGCUAUGGAUCACACGAAGUUCCGAUUUCCAAGAACAUUGCUGGCAUCCUCCAAAGAAUUCAGUGGCUUCAUAAGGCCAUGUUUGGACAUGAGCGCAGUCCUUUGCCACGGGCACCACGUGGUUCUGGCCGCAAGCCUCCCAUACCUCAAGAAGGAUGCCAGUUGGUGUUGCGAUUUGAUUUGCCACAGCUUACACCUCCUGUCUUCGAAGAUGGACCUUCGGGGUGUGGAGGUGUUAGUCCAAAGCGACAACACCUCGCGAGAGGUGAAGAACAACGUAGCAACGCGCCUGAUGGGAAUGCUUGUGGGGUGUCACAAACUGAAGAGGAUGGAGCUCCGAUGCUUAGCAUCGGGGCACAGCCACGAGGACGUGGACCAAUACUUUAGUUGCAUCAGUUCAGAAAUUGAGCGGCACCAGGAACUUGCCACACCGACUGACUUUGUUGAGAUGCUCCAGCGGUUUCAUGAUGAAGGUGCUGGCAAAAGCAUCCGGCCGAACGAACCUUUGCGAAUCAGCUGCCUUGUUGGUGCAACCAGGGAUUGGAACCGUGUCGACCUCUCCAAUUGUCAAAGUCGGUUUUGGAGAAAGUUUGGUGUGGCGCCUGAGGGGGAUGAUGUCAUCCUGAGGACCAAACAAUACAUGAGCGAUGAGAAUUGGAAAGGAGAGGAACCCUUUCGAAUGGUCCGUGCAGCUGACUAUCUUGAGAAGCUUGCGCGAAACCAGUUGGAACGAUCAGCACCCAACGCAAUGAAUUUGGUGACGGAGAAAUUGCCACGUGUUGUCUUGGACCGCUAUAGGGUCCGCAGGAAGGCUUACCAUGUGUAUCGCGCAGCAGUGCGGCUGUGGGGUGAGGGGAUGGACUUUCAACGUGCUUUAUCCAUAGUCGAGAGCGCUUUCAGUGCUGCAACAUGGGAGUGUGAGGGAGAAAGCCAGAGCAUCGUCCCAGCCAAUGUGAAUGUCGUUGACAGUCCGCACAAAGCCAUGCCCGUAGGUCUGACAGGUGAAGCGUGUCCUCUGCCCAAGUUUACUGCUUUCUGCUAUGUCCCAGCAGGGCUCAAUUUGCUUCAGUUUCACAUGCAUGGACCGUGUGAGAGGUUGAAAAGAGUCAAGGAUGAACCUGGCCAAGUCACCUUGCAAUCCUUGACGCCAUGUCGGAAGAUUUUUGAUCAGAAGCAAGUUUGUGAUGAACAUGGCUCAAUGGCGAACUUUUUCGAGCGUCGCUUCGCCAAUAAGGAUGCAGCCAUUGAAUUUCUGAAAUUCAUCAAUGAGAAUUUCCCUCCAGAGCAGGGCCUCAAAUAUGCUAAUCCGCAGACACAUCGGACGGGUGGUGGAGCACUGUUGCGUCCGUGGAUGAUGACGGAUCCUGACCUUGGAGGAGUAGAAAAAGUGACUGUGUCAUCUCUACGGCCUGAGCUUGGACUUGCGCCCGAGCAUUCCUUGUUGCUCAGUGACCUAGACGGAUGCGAAAUCGAGGAUGUUGGCUUUGCAGACCCACAUUCAUUCAGCUUCGUGAAAGGCUACACCAGAAUGUUUUGCUGUUACACUGUGCUGCUGUGUUGCCACUUGCAGCCGGGUUUCAUGGAGGCGCUGGAUGACAAAGUUCGAAAGAUGCUUGGUAUGACACUGAGCAGCUCAGUGCGAAGGAAGCCCAACUGCUUUAACCUUUUGCACCAGAUGCGUCUGCUCAAACGCAUGCAAGUCACGGAAGAUGCAUGGAUGACUGCCGGUCAGUUGGCUUCGUCAUACCAGUUGGGGCGGGCUGAAAGUGGAGCUGCUGCAGCGCUCUUGAACCACGUGGAUGGGCCAGUGGUGGAAGCACUCACCGGCUUGGUCGGGCGAUACACCAUGCAUCGGUUUCUCACGCACGACGCAGUCAAAGAGGGAGUGUUCAACAGAGAUUUUUGUUCUGCACAUGGGGCCUUCAGUGCCUGGCCGGAUGACCUCACCAACACCGAUGGCACUCUAAGUCUUUUGCUGAAAAGGCUUGAGUCGGAUUGGCUGGCUCUCAACCCCAAGCUCCGGAAGCCUUACACAGCUCGGGAUGUGGAUACUUGGCAGCAUGAAUGUCGGAGAAACACUGCAGCGUGUGUGCAGCGCAUUCCUCGCCGCAUGGCGGGUGUUCGAGUCAAGAUUUCCCAGUUUAUGUUCCGGCACCUGGAUGCUGAUCUGACAACCAUGCUUGAGAUGAAGGUCCCACCCGCUCCACUGGAAUGUGUGACUGCAUUCGCUGCAGCUGUCGUGAAAUUUGAGAAGCAGGUCGCAGAACAGCGGGAGGAGGCUGAAGAAGCGUUGCUUGACAUUCAUUCAAAAAGACCUCUGCUGGUGGAUGAAGCGGUGGACAUCGCCAAAGGAGUUUGCACGGCAAAUUCCAAUUGCAUUCUCCUCGUUUUGCUUCCUCAGCAAAAUGCGUCCAUUGAGUCAUCCGCCAUCACUGCUCACCGGAGGGCUUUGGAAGACCGCCUGUCGACUUUGGAGAGCUUUGAAAUGGGUUUGUACUUCAAGGAUUCUGGACACGGGGGUUUGGCAGCAGUGCCACCAGUUCACCGGUCCACUUUUGGUUUUGCGAAGUCGAAAGCAUUGCUUGGCUCGAUUGGCCCGGUGUCCAGAGCCAGAGUGAUGGACCUUUGGAGUGACGACUUGGUCAUUCAACGUGGUGUCCCGGGGACACGCGAGAUCCUCGAAAGUUUCGUUGACGGGCUAGAGCUUCCAGAGGGUGAUCGAACACCAAUCUUUGUGGUUGAUCUAAUGGUGACGCGGUACAACGAGUGGGGAAGAGCUUGCUGGGAGCUGCAGCAUGCCAACUUCCAGAACAAGGGCAGAGGUGUGGCUGCGCAGCUGGACUGGCGUUUUCUGGCAUGUGUGUCAGAAGAUGACACUUACGUGCUCAACAUCGCGGAAGUCCAAAAUUGGAUGGCUGGUCACAUCAUGGCUGCCAGGAGUAUUGGGAUUCAUCUUCAGAGGCAGGCCCAGCAACUCGGGCCGCUGCCCCUUUUGACGCUGCCAGCAAGUUGGAAGUCCACGUUGGGCUUGCGAGCGAACGAAAUUGAGAAGCUGGUGUCGAAGUGGAAUGCUGGCAGAUCUCCGUCUGGGUGCGCUGCCUUGGGCCUGGGGCAGGCCGCUGCCAAGGCAACGCCGAGGCCAAGAGGUGGAGCUCAGGCUGCCAAUGCCCGCACCCAGUGUGAGCCGUCCUUCACACCGGAGGAUGCCCCACUGCCCUGUGCAUCGACACGUGCUGCUACGGAUGACAAGCUGGAGAUCAUGCUGACGUCCGACAACAAGCUGUGGCUGUGCAAUUUUGGCGGUGACGACAUUCAGUGUGGCCCUGCAGAGCUCUUUGGUUACAACCUGGGGAGCUUCCAAGAGAAGCCCCGUGUUGCGCUUUCCCAGCAAGAUGCUGGGAUCAUUUUCAACUUGACCCAAGACACAGACCUCCUGGCCUUUGUGGAUGGCAAGAAAACACCUAUGUGCUUCGCGAACCUUGCGUGUUUGGUGGCCAAGACCACAGGUCUUACCGAACUGACGUUGGAGGAUCACAGCAUCACCCAGAGGUUUGCGGAGGACGGGACCCCACUGCCUUUCCGAUAUGACAUCAAAGGGAACCCCAAGCUGAAUUUUUUCGAACCGAAGAAGCUGCCUGAAUCCGAUGGCAGCUCAAUGAUGGAACUUCGCUACAGCAUGUUUGGGGCUGUGUAUCUCGCACGUGAUGGUGGCUUGAAGCAUGUGAAGAUGGAGCAUUCCAGAGUGCGAACUUUGAAGCCGAAGUUUUGGCUUUUGUGUAGUGUCAAUGUCAAGGUGCUGUCAGAUGAUGACGGCCAUGGUGGCCCCAACACAGGGUCAGCGUCAGCCGCCGCCGCAGUUCUGACUGCAGCCAAGUCCAAAGCCAAGGCCUGCGAGCCUGAGGCCGAUGCGGAAGCAGGGCCAGAGGCCGUGGGUGAGCCUUCAAAAGUUAAAAGUCAAGCUGAAGGUGAGGAUGAAGAGCCGGCGAUGGCACCCAAAGCGAAAGCCAAGGGGGCCGGGAAAGCCAAGGCCAAAGCAGGAGCGAAAGGUAAAGCCGCUCCUAAGGUGAAAUCCUCAGCCAAGAAGCGGCCGGCCGCGGCAAUCAGCUCUGGCUCUCCGCAAGAGGCUGAAGCUGUGGCUGAUGAGGCUGCUUUGGAUGAGGUUGAAGCAGCAGGCGCUGGAGCAGCUCCUGAUGCUGAGGCGCCUGCGCCUUCCGCUCCGAGACGGCCUGCUAUGAGACGCCCUGCUGCGGCGCAGAGUCAUGCUUUGAAAGCCACGAAGUAUAUGUACCACAAAGACCAGAAAUGGGGGUGCAAGGUUAAUGGAAAAGAGCAGCUUACGGCGAUGAUGAUGGGAGAAGCUGCUGCAGCAACUAUUCGGGCUCGGUUGAAGUUGACCGCAGCAGAGGCUGCGCCAGCUGCUGCGGAAGGUGCAGACGAGGGCGGAGAGGCGCCAGAGGAGGAGCAGCCGAUGGAAGAUGAUGCCGUGGCUGAGGCUGACUAG